CUGUGACGUAGCAGUGGGUGUGGCGCAUCUGGAGGAAGACGGUCGAGCGAUCAAAAAGUUGUUGGUCGACAGAAUGGCAAACAAGACUGUGGGCGGUGUGCCAUGGACUGGAUGUGCGGUGCUGUUUUUGCAGUCACUUUGCCCUGGCGUGAACCUCCUGUCGCUAUACAAAGACAACAAAACAAAGUUUAUUGUUUUUAAAGUCAUCAAGUUAACACUUUCAGAUUCUGCAGGUGGUCUGGAGGGUUAUGAAAUAUUAAAAUGCCAUGAUGCAGACCCCUUCCUUGGCGUGGAGAUUAAGUUUUUGGAUGUGUCCACUUGUCAGCAAUUUUUAGAGAGUUACAGCUCAGGAACUAUGCGGCAGUCCCUUUCUCAACAUGGUUGCCGACUCCUUACGCUGCCCCAAGAAAUAUCUGUGCAAACCCAGCUGAAGGCUAGCACACAUACUCUGGAUCCUUAUCUAGACCAAAUGGAGCUUUGCCUGCAACAAAUUCAUCUUUCUAAGCCAGAGCGACUUCGUGAUGAAGAAAUUGAACGUUUGGAGAAGGAGCUACUUGAUCAGACAUUCAAUCAUGCACAGACCCCCACACAAGAGGAGUCUGUGCCCAUUAAUGCCUUCAAGUUUCAGAAUAGAGUUUUUAAGGAUCGAAUGCUGACCCAAGCAGAUGUUCAAAGUUUUUCUAGUGGAGUGGGUCGUCAAUGGAAAUUUGUCGGACGGGCCUUGGGAAAGAAUUGCAGAGCUCUAAAAGGUCCUGCCAUAGACAAUCUGGCAUAUGAAUAUGAGAGAGAGGGGCUGUAUGAACAAGCCUAUCAACUGCUGAACCGUUUCAUGCAAGCAGAGGGGAGAGAGGCCAAACUGAGCCGGCUGGUCAAAGCACUGGAGGACUGCAAACUCAUGAGCUUGGCUGAAAAUAUUCUGGACUUUCAGCCGUGAGAUUUUUAAAAGUAAAAUAAAGAUUUUUCACUUUGUACACUGUCCAUUUUUGGCACAGUGCAUUUGUUAUGGAGCAAUGAUUAGCCCCAAUAUCAUUCCAAGUAAGCUUGCUGCAUUAAGUGAUAAAAAAAAUACAAUUAUGUGGUUAUUUUGAAAUUAUGUUUUAUUGUAGGCUAAAUGAAAUAAAGUAAUAUGAUUUAAUAAUCUGUUAAUACAUAUAGCACAAUUUUUUUAUUUUAUUAUUUUAUUCAAUUUAAGAUUCAUUGUAUAUGUCGAUGCAACCUACUGAAUCUGUGUGGGUUAACGAGUGCAUCUGAACUCUGCCCCUAAUUUGAACCACCAAUUAGUUUGUAAAAAUUAAAUGGUUGUGAAAAAAUGUCUUCAUGUUUGUGUUUGAUCCAUUAGUAUAAUGAAAACUGAAAACAUAA